AUGGUGGUUUUCGAUGCUCUGAAAUGGCGAGCUCCUCCAGCGAUGAUACUUUUCAUCCUACUGGUGCAAUGGAACAUGCAAAUUCCUCACCGGCAAGACCGUCAGUUUGUUGAGAUAUUUAGUGGUCGUGGUGAAGUUUCGCGAGCCCUACGUGAUGCUGGUUUUCGAGGAACUUCGUUUGACUGGGAACUGGACAAGCGGGCAUUCGAUCUCACAGGGAAUGCAGCUUUUGCGUCCUUUGUCUGA